CUCGCGAGAACUGCGGCUCGCAACAUGGCGUCGACGUGAGCGCGAGGCCGCAAGCGCCCGGAGCCAAGUGGCCGCCCCCUCGCGCCCGAGCCGCCGGCGCUGCGGAGGACGGGGAGCCGAGCCGAAGAGGGGACGAUGGAGGAAGAAACGUCCAGGCCCAGUCCAGACAGGGAGGCCACUGCCCAACCCAGCUCCAAUGGGACAGACAAAGAGGCGGCGUUAGCCCCCGCUGGGGCAGCCGCCGCUGCUUCUGGCCAUUGUGCAACCUCCUGCAUGGAGGAAGAGCCAGGCCCUGAGAGCACAGCUACGCCCCCGGGGUGGGACCGUGGGGGCCCUGGAGGAACGCAGCAAGGUGGCUCCUCCGUCCCAGACCCCGGACCCAGCCCUGGCCCGACCAGCACAGCUCCUGGGACCAGUGAGGAUCUGCGGCCUCCCAGGCGGCGUCCGGCUCCAGGAAAGCAGAUCACUUGCUCCAGCCCCGGCUGCUGCCUCAGUUUCCCCAGCGUCCGAGAGCUGGCCCAGCAUCUCCGCACCCACUGCCCACCCACACAGUCCCUGGAAGGCAAGCUGUUCCACUGCGCGGCGCUGAGCUGCUCGGAGAGCUUCCCCAACAUGCAGGAGCUGGUGGCGCACAGCAAGCUACACUACAAACCCAACCGCUACUUUAAGUGUGAAAACUGCCUCCUGCGUUUCCGCACGCACCGUUCCCUCUUCAAGCACCUGCACGUUUGCGCCGAGCACGCGCACAGUCCCGCCCCGCCAGCACCCCCGGCCCUGGACAAGGAACCCCCGGCACCCGAGCGGCCCCCAGACCCUGACCCUGCAUCCGCCCCGGGCUCGCAGUUCCCGCUGCUCGAACCCUUCACGACCCCCGCCCCGACCCCCAGCGGACCCUUCCUGCCCUACUUGAACCCUGCGCCCUACGGGCCAAGCCCCCCACGCCUGCGGCCCUUCCUGGCCGCCGCGCCCGGGCCACCGGCCUCCAGUGCUGCCGUCUGGAAAAAAAGCCAAGGUGCAGGCGGCAGCCCCCGAAGACCACAGGGCGGCUCCGAUGCGCCUUCAGGUGCGUGCAGGUGACCGCGAGGGAGGGUUGGAGGGGCUUGCAUCCCCACCCCCGUGGGGACCGUACACACGCUGGCAGCUAUCUGAAAAAGCCACCCCCCCCCCAAAUACAGGAUUUUUGCCUUAAAAAAAAAAACAAUUAGCACCCGCGCCUUCCUCUGCGCCGGCGUUCCCGCGUGAAACUCGUACCCGUGGAGCAAUCCUUUGGUUCGUGGGGAUAGGGUCACGGAUAAGCCGUUUAAGGGCGC